CCUACUAGAUAUUUUGGUCGUUUUGAAAACUUAUUUUACGGUUAGGAUGUUGGCGUCGUCCUAUUCAAUGUCGGCGCCAGUAACGCCGACGGUAAAGAAAAUCCAUUUGUAUAAUAAAUUUUUCUAAAUAUCUAUCUGUAAAAUAAUUUUUUAAAAAGAACCGAAAUAUCAAAUUUCCAGGUUCCUACUAAUAUGCAUAGCCUCAGAGUAUAUAUAUAGCAAGGAAAACAAAUUUGAGCGUGGGCCGUUGCAUUUCAGCCCAACACCAAGUCCCAAUUAGCAGCAAAAUUAUCUUUCUUUCUUUCUUUCUUUCUCGCGCCGAAUUUUGAAUUUUCGAUGCGGACAAGGCGCGCCGCUCGCGCGCCACUUGAAGUACUACGCGACGCACGGGAGCAUGCAAUGGCGGCACGGCGCCGCGCCGCCGCCGCCCGCCGCGCCGUGGCGACACGCGGCACCUGCACGUGCCUCGCAGAUUGAGCGGUGCCUGCGUGCGUGAGCGUAUAUGUUCCCUAGCCUAGCUGGCCGGCGUUGCAGUGCAGUGCACUCGCGCUGGAUCUGAUCGCCAUGUAUCACGUCGUCGCCUGCGUCGUCGUCGUCCUCGUCGUGUUCGCGCCGCUGCUCCUCGUCAUGCUUUCGAUGAAGCUGACGAGGAGCGGUAGGGAUGGGGUGAGGCUGCCGCCCGGCCCGUGGCGGCUGCCGGUCAUCGGGAGCCUGCACCACGUGAUGGGCGAGCGGCUCCUCCACCGCGCCAUGGCCGACCUCGCGCGCCGGCUGGACGCGCCGCUCAUGUACCUCAAGCUCGGGGAGGUCCACGUCGUGGUGGCCUCGUCGCCCGACGCCGCCCGCGAGAUCAUGCGGACGCACGACGUCGCCUUCGCCGGCCGCGCGCUGACCCCCACCGCGCAGGGCCUGCGGCCCGGCGGCGAGGGGCUGGCGCUCGCGCCGUACGGUGCGCUGUGGCGGCAGCUCCGCAAGAUCUGCGUCGUGGAGCUGCUCAGCGCGCGCCGCGUCCGGUCGUUCCGCCGCGUCCGCGAGGAGGAGGUCGGCCGCCUCGUCGACGCGCUCGCCGCCGCCGCGUCGUCCGGGGAGACCGUCAACUUCACCGAGCGGAUCGCGGCGGUCGUCUCGGACUCGUCGGUGCGCGCCAUGAUCGGGGACAGGUUCGAGAGACGGGACGAGUUCCUGGCGGGGCUCGCCGAGCAAGUAAAGCUCCUCGGCGGGUUCAGCCUCGACGACCUGUUCCCGUCGUCGAGGCUGGCGAGCGCCAUCGGCGGCACGGUGCGGCGAGCGGAGGCGAGCCGCAAGAAGCUCUUCGAGCUUAUGGACUGCGUCAUCCGGCAGCACCAGGAGCGGAGGGCUGAGGCCGCGGCGGACGCCGGCGCCGGCGUGGAGGACGACAAGCACCAAGACAUCAUAGACGUGCUCCUAACCAUACACAAACAAGGAGAGCUCGAGACGCCUCUCACCAUGGAACAAAUCAAAGCCGUUAUCCUUGAUCUCUUUAGUGGAGGGAGCGAGACGUCUGCAGAUACGAUUCAAUGGGCCAUGUCAGAGCUGAUGAGAAACCCAAGAGUAAUGAAAAAGAUACAGGCUGAGCUACGUGACAAACUUAAAGGGAAGCCAAUAAUGACUGAGGAUGACUUGUCUAAUCUAAAUUACUUGAAGCUCAUUAUCAAGGAGACUCUAAGGCUUCACCCUGUCGCUCCACUGCUUAUUCCAAGAGAAUGUCGUGAGGCGUGCAAGAUUAUGGGGUAUGAUAUUCCAAAAGGCACCACUGUAUUUGUUAACGUGUGGGCUAUUGGCAGAGAUCCCAAUUACUGGGAUGACGCUGAGGAGUUUAGACCAGAGCGAUUUGAAAACAAUACGGUUGACUACAAAGGUAUGGACUUCGAGUUCAUACCUUUUGGUGCGGGGAGAAGGAUGUGCACUGGUAUGGCCUUUGCAGAAGCCACCAUGGACCUAAUGCUUGGCUCAUUGCUCUACCACUUCGAUUGGGAGCUUCCUUGUGGAACAAGGGCAGUUGAGCUAGAUAUGACAGAGGAGAUGGGUCUCACCGUCAAAAGAAAGGAUGAUCUUUACCUCCACCCUAUCCUUCGUGUGCCCCAAGCUCAAAACUAGCUCAAAACUCUUAUGUAAGAUAGAGUAUAUGCUCCUUAUGUAGGUAAAUAAAAGGGAUAAUAUUAGCGAAAUAUCAACAAGUAUAAAAAAGAAGUGGUCAAACGCUAAAAUAAAUAGUAACUAUAUUAAAACAGAAAUCUAGAGGAGUCAAUGUUAACUAUAUUGAAGGAUACAAACUUCAAUACAAAAUGCAUCUGCAAGUUCCAUUUCUAGGGCAUGCUAGAUUAUGCUAUUCAAGAAUUGCAUAGUUUUUUCCACGAUAAAUUAAUACAUUAAGGUUGAGCAGAAAAAUAUGUAUAAGUUUUGCAUGGUAACAUAUCUUUAACAUGAUGCUGGGUUGGCCUAACUUUCUUUAUAGGCAAGUGCUUCCCUUUUUAGGAAUUUUUUGCCAGGAACUUCAUCCAAAACGAAUCAACUAGGUGGAGAACUAGAGUGCUCUCAACCACACUAAGCAGAACAUUUGUGACAUCAACAACAUUGUGGUGAUCC